GCCUUCGAGUGAAAAGUGUCGACCUUUGGGGGCGCCAUUUAAAAAGCGCGGCAAAUGAGAUCAUAUCGUGAUCAAGCGUGACACUUCCGAGAUGAAACCGGAAACGAUCUAAACAAAUAAAAAACAUAUUAACGCAUUUACAGUCGCUAAAAAUGCGUCAGACGCCCGAAAGGAUAAACCUUUGAGCGUUUUUACAAGUCCAUUUGCGCUUCAAAGCUUUUGUUGUUGCAGAUAGCAUGUUUAGUGCUUUUGGCGUGUGACAAGCGUUACCCUUUAGCAGCAUCAUAUUACAGUUGUGUAGCACGCGAUAUAAACAAAUAAUAAACACCGCCAACACGUUGGAGCAGAUUGUUCGUGAAACUGGCAAGGGAGGGUGAAUCAAGACUUCAAAAAUUUACGCACAUUUAAAAAGGCCACCCCAUUCACAGAGCGCAAGUCGAGAACUACGAGACAAAAAUGUCACUUUGGAGAAAGAUCCUGUUGGUUUAUAUGCUCGCCCACCAAAUACCGAACACGUUGAACGGGGCAAGUGGGGGUAGGUAUUAACUUAUUUCUAACACUAACACUAUUCUAUUAAUAAUCAAUCUUUAAUCUAUCGACGCGCGCGACGACAAAAAGGUAUCGAGACUCAAAUCGUGCCCUUUAGUUCGAAAGUCCUAUUAGCAGUGAAAUUUAAAGCAAAUUAAUUAACCAACGUUUGGAGAGUGUCGGAGAGUUAAUCGUGGGAAUAUUAAACAAGAAAAAAAAGCAGAAUAAAAACUUUAUGAUUGACUGCACGUUUGAGUAUAUCUGAGACGGCUUCGACCGUAUCCUGACCCUCCUGAAGAUAAAAAUAUAUUGUUUUGAGUGUCUAAUUUGUAUCUCCGUGUUACUGAAGGAUAGGAUUGUAGUUGCAGGAGUAAAUCUACAAUAACAUAAUACUGAACAAUUCAUAGAACGGAACCCAACAUUUCCUUGAAAAGAGUGUUUUGAUACUUGACUUCUAAAAAAGUUAGGUAUGAUUUUUUUUCAUCAAAACUUAUAUAUGCAUGUAACUAUAUCAAAUUAGCGGCAUAAAUCAGUGGUAAAAAAAACCGCGGAUGUAUGACUAUGACAGAAGCUAGUCACGUACUUAAUCAUCGACUAUUUUGUUCUUCCGGGAAGUUCUAUACCACCCAAAAAAAUUGUCAUCGAUUAAUACAAGGUUUGAAGGCAUUUUGUGAAGCUUUCUUAAUACAUAGGAGAUAUAAUUUUUACUUAAGGGUAGAAACAGGACGUAUGUUAUUAAAAAAUCGGCAUCUAUUGAUAUCAGGUUUUUGCAUGUUUUUAAAGCUGCAAAUUACACUUCACUUGAACAAACAGAGAUCAGGGAUAAAUUGCAUUCUCAAGCAGUGUCUAAAGGUGACAUGUGCACGAAAAAGUUUGUCACCUUUAAUAAAACAUCCAUUAAGAGCAUUUGCGGUCGUACAUUGAGACGAUAAAGCCCAUAGUAGUACGUCAGUACCGCUCGAUUUACCUUUAAACGAUAUCACAAGAUUUUGAUUUCUAGUCAGACUGUCAAAGCUGUACCUCGAUUUUUCGCUAGCAGAAAUCAAAAUGUCAAAUCACCAAAUACAAAUACAAAAAACUUCUGUCAAGAUAUAAAGCCGAUUUAUUCAAAAAGUUGAUUAAGAAAAAAUAGAUUAGUUGCAGUGCACUGGUCAAUGUCGCCACAGAAUGCAGUUUUACACUGCAUUUGUUCCUGCGCUGACGUGGCCAUUUUUUCCACUGUGAGCAUGUGUGAGUGUAAAUGUUAAAGGGAAUCAGAACAAAUAACCUUUCGACGGAAAGGAAUUAAAGUCGUGUGUCUUCCCUAAACUGUAAGGGUCCGUUUUCUGCUUGAUUAUUUCAUUUUUUGAAACUUUUCUUUCUACUGGAGCACAUGGUAUGUCAAAGAUCCGGCAACUAGACUUUUACGUUUUUCGUCAAGUUUUGCCGCCAUGUUUAAACCACGUCUGUGAGUGCGUGGCUCGCCGGAUCCAACAAGUGUAGAUAACAAGAACAACAGCCUUUGCCAUUAAAUCAAACAAGAGAGAAUUCUUACAUUUUAUGAUGGCUAAUGGAAAGAAACAAAAUGAGGAAACUUGAGUUGGAAGUGUCGUUAAAAAGUGUGAGCAUGUGUGAGUGUAAAUGUUAAAGGGAAUCAGAACAAACAACCUUUCGACGGAAAGGAAUUAAAGUCGUGUGUCUCCCCUAAACUGUAAGGGUCCGUUUUCUGCUUGAUUAUUUCAUUUUUUGAAACUUUUAUUUCUACUGGAGCACAUGAUAUGUCCAAGAUCCGGCAACUAGACUUUUGUGUUUUUCGUCAAGUUUUGCCGCCAUGUUUAAACCACGUCUGUGAGUGCGAGGUUCGCCGGAUUCAACAAGUGUAGAUAACAAGAACAACAGCCUUAGGUAUUAAAUCAAACAAGAGAGAAUUUUUACAUUUUAUGAUGGCUAAUGGAAAGAAACAAAAUGAGGAAAGUUGGGGGUGUCGUAAGGAAGUUAAUUUUGUUCAUCGUAGCGUAGACUGUUCACAGUCCCCUAUUUUCCCGUAAGAUCGUCGAGAUCGAGCGCUUUGCGUUACGGGCUGCCAUCUUGAAUGAGUGUCAACACUUCUUAGAGCUAUAAUCCCCGAAGCUUGCCCCCUCGGUACAUUUGAAAAUCAAGAUGGCCGCCAUUAAUGGUAAGACGCGCUAUAUCUCGACGAUCUCACGGAAAAAUAGGGGACUGUGAACGGUCUAAUCGUAGCGCAGUAUAAUCGUUUUUCGCAAGACGAAAACUGAUUUGUAUUGCAAGAAACAUAACGUGUGGGCAAAGGCCAUUGGAGGGGAGGGUAUGAUCAGAGGUUAUUCUUAAAGAAUUCAAAUCCACUAGGAAAAAUUAGACUCGCCUAUAUUUGACAAAUUGGGCGAGCUGUAAUAUCGAGUAAGUUUUCGCUGCUGUCGCCGUCGUGUUGCUAAAUGAAUAAGUGACCUGUUCUUAACUCUCGCCGUUGUGUUGCUUAAGAGCUCUACUUUCAUUUUUUUUUUCAGAACCUUCAUCAAAACCAACACGAACGUCAACAGCAAAAUCAGUCCCAACACGAACAACAGCACUAAGCCUAAGCUCAAACUUAACAGCAACACCAACCGCAACAGCAGCACUAAGCCUAAGCUCAAACUUAACAGCAACACCAACCGCAACAGCAGCAUUAAGCCUAAGUUCAAACUUAACAGCAACACCAACCGCAACAGAAACACCAACCGAAACACCAACGCCAAUACGAAAACCGGCUCCAAUACCAAAGGCAACAACAAAACCAAAACCAAAAUUGCGCUGCUUUUUGUGCUUUUCGGAAAAUUCUUGGGAGCACUGCGACAAGACAAGUAGGGUGGUUGACUGUCAACCCGGUUUCGAUGAAGCCUGCCUUAAAAUGACACAGUAUGAAUGGGAAGAGAAGAACGGAACCAAGACAGGCAAGGUACUCACUCGCUACAUGAAGCACUGUGGGAAGAGUAAACAGUGUUCCGACACUCAAUGCAAAGAAAUAGGAUGGCAAUGCAUGGUGGAUUGUUGUACAGAAGACUUGUGUAAUUCAAAUGCUGCUGUUUUGACAACAUCAUCACACCAUCACUACAUCGUCACACUCAUUCUGACUGCCGUCGUAGGCCUGGCAGCUGUACCAUAAACAGAGUACUCGCGCACCAUGGUCGUCUACGUGUUUUGUUCUUAUGCACACAAAGCUGGCAUAUAUAUAUACGUCCUAAAACGUUCUUGAAAACUUUACCUCGGGCUAGCAGUUUUGGCUCAUAGCAUCCUUAGGUUUAGAAGAGUGCAACACAAUAGGUUUUAUUUGUUUCAAGCAUAAAGCACAGAAUUCUAAAGAAAACCUACAAUGGAGGACAAAAUUCUUAGGACAAUUAACACGAUCUGCCUUAAUUUUUCCCCCUUUCCCCCUCUCCCCUAAGCAAUGUUGUAGUUUGUGCACCCCUGUAGACUUUACCCUGUCCUAAAAGUGUUUCUUCAUCCCAACAUUGUUUGGAGGGGGGAGGGGAGGGCCAGUCGCGGUAUCCAAGUGGUUAGAAAAGUGUACAUUAUGCUACAUCUGAACAUUUUGAUAAGUUAAGGAUGUGGAAGGAAGGUUUUCCAUAACCGUUCCAAGGAUUUUUGUCCUCCAUUGUAGUUGAACCGUUUUGUUCAGUAGCAUGUCAAGUAAUUUCGAUUCUUUCCAGUGGUUUAAGAGCUGUUAGGUACCCUAUCAAAGAUCCAAAACAGUAAAUAGGAUGCCCUAUUGCAUUUAAGGACCGAAUACCUAAAAAACCACACCCUAUCCGAAAAGCAUAAAUUUGAAAGUGCAGCCCCCGUAUAAAAACGACAUACUCGAACUAUAAUUUUUUCAACAUGAGCAACCAUCCAAAGGUGCUGGUAUUCAUCUCCGAAAAUCUGUUUCUCAACGAAACUGUAACAGUCAAGUCAGUUCCCUCAGGCUUACGGUCUAGAACUGGAAUUUAUCAAGACACUGCAGUUACAUUCAUCUAACCGCUUCGCACCAAACCAACAACUUAUUGGACUGAAAAUAUUCCACUCUUAGUGUUAAUUACUGAUGAAGCUAUUACAAAUAUUCCUAUAAUUCCAGCUACUUUAAUCUUGCAGAAACAAAGACACGCCUCAAACGAAACUGAGUUCCUCUAAGACAACAGUCUUCCUUUCUGGAUUUUCUGGCACAAAAAACCUUCCUCCCCCUCUGUGAAUC